CCUCCAGGACUGAGGCGUAGGCGGCCAUUUUGCGCCUGCGUAGUUGCGUAGCUGCGGCUACAAGACCCGACCCGACUUCCGGUAGCCACCAUUUUUCUGCGUUUUCGCCGUUUUUCUGCGCACUGCGUUGCCUCCUGUAGUGUUGAUGGUGGUGUUCUCUUUGGCCUGACAGGUUCGCUGCAGCGGCGCUCAGACAGCAGCAGUAACAGAAUCGUGCUGGAGUUGCAAGCAUUCACAAGAUACUCAGAAUCCUAGUGAUCUUAGUCACUGACCUGCAGAGAACAGAAAGUUUGGCUGUGCUGUCCAUCAUUGUGGUGUGUACAUUCGACUCCAUUGCUCGCCAUGGCUUCGCACAAGACUUUCAGGAUCAAGCGGUUCCUGGCCAAAAAACAAAAGCAAAAUCGUCCCAUUCCUCAGUGGAUUCAGAUGAAAACUGGUAAUAAAAUCAGGAUAUACAAGAUGGCAAGUCCAGAUAGAAGUAAACGGAAGAUAUUAAAAGCCAAAAAAACAAUGCCUACAAGUUGCCGGAAGCAAGCAGAGAUCCUGAAUAAUUCAAAGACUGUUGAAGUUCUAAAAACAACAAUUGAGAAUAAUGUUCCAAGUGUUAAUCAGAAUUUAAGUAUUAGAGUCAGGACUGGAGAAUGUAGACAUCCUGAGAUUGUUGAUUCUUCACUGGACUCUAAGAAAAAUUCAGCAUUUUUACUGAAAAGUACAGGAUUCCCUCAGAAUUUAAUAAAACCUGUAGAAAAAAUUGUUCACUCAGAAACAAGAUUUGAACAUACUGGUGAGCAAGUAUCUUCUUACAAAAAGCCAAGAAAAACAAUAGAUUCUCCCAGCCGAUUCUUUAUACAAGAAGUGAAAGAGAAACGGAAUUCUUCUGAAGCUCAUUUUGAAUAUAAGACAAAUGUGACAUCAUCUUUUUUUCAACAUGAACAGAAUUGUAAUCUAAAAUCUAGUUGUCAUUCACCCAUGAGUGAUGUAGUUCAAAAUGCCUUGGAUGAUAACAGAAUCAACAAGGUGGCUUCCAGUUUAGAAGCAGACUCCAAUGAUGAAAGACAAAAUGACAUUUUAAGUUCAAACUCAUGUUGUGUGCCAGUUGCAAAAAUGCCUAACUCGGUGAACGUGGUCAGUUCCAGCAAUUGUGUAGCUAACACUUGGAAAACCAAAGAAUCCAGUAGAACCCAAUGUUCCAGCAUUUCAGAUUGUGAAAAUACAGACUCAAAGUGGCAGUGCUUACUCAACACUGACGGUAAUAACAGCUAUAACCAAAAGAAGAAGAUGUUUUCAGAAAACAAAGAAAACUUUAAGCGCAUGAAAACUUCAGAGCAAAUUAAUGAAAAUAUUUGUGUAGCUCUAGAAAGGCAAACAGCAGUGCUGGAACAGGUCAAACAUUUGAUUCAACAGGAGAUGUUUAGUGCAAAUUUCAAAGUGUUUGAUAAAAAACUGAAAGAAUUGAAUGAACGCAUUGGGAAGACACAGUGCAGAAAUAAACAUGAAGCAAUAGCUUGUGAACUCUUAGAAAAAAUAUCAAAACUUCACAGACGUGUUAAAACAGUAUUAGUGUUUCAAAGGAAAUGUUUGGAAGCAAAUACAUUCUCCAGUAAUACACCCUAUAAGAUUGGAAAUUUGGAGACCACAAUUAUGAAUAAGAAUCAAGAGUUGAUUAACAGACAGAAUGAAAAAAUGACUUCUAUGAACUGUGAAUCUUCCAACUCUUCAAAAAAAGCAAGUGAAAAAGUUAAUUUGUCAUCGGAUUGUGUUGAGUUUGUUUCUGAAAGUAACAAUGAUGAUGUUAUAUUGAUUUCUGUGGAAAGUUCUAAUUUGACAACUCCAAUUACAUCAAAUCCAACAGGUAUUAGUACAGCUCCAUCAACAAAUUCGAGGAAGUCACCUGAUGAUAUAAUUGACAUUAGGGCUCCAGAGAAGAAGAAAAGUGAUUUUGUUAUUGAUUUGACAAAUGAAAACCUAUCCUACUGCAACACAGAAAGUCCAGUAUUCACCCUGGAAUCACCUUCGAAGGCUGUUUUAAACUCAAAAGAAAUAACUCCGGUGGCAGAAAAUGCAACCGAGGAUUUGGAUUCCUUUGAGCACCUGCCACCUCUCCCAGAACCAUUGCCACCACCGCCUGAACUGGUGGACAGAGUUGGAGAUACACUCCCUCCCCAGAAGCCAGAGCUGAAAGUGAAGUGGGUGCUAAGGCCCAUGGGCAUCGCCCUAACCUGGAACAUCACCAAGGUUGACCCCAAGUGUGCUCCUGUGGAAAGCUACCACCUCUUCCUGUGCCACGAGAACACUAAUAAUAAGUUGAUUUGGAAGAAAAUAGGCGAAAUUAAAGCUUUACCACUCCCCAUGGCCUGUACUUUAUCCGAGUUUUUUGCUUCCACCAGAUACUAUUUUACUGUCCAGUCAAAAGACAUUUUUGGGCGUUAUGGACCAUUUUGUGACAUAAAAUCGCUUCCUGGAUUUUCUGAUAACUUUACCUAAAAGUUUCCUCAUUACUUGUUGUGUUUGACAUCUCCUGUUUUCCGUAUUUGAGUUGUUAGUUUACGAUGCUAGUGUAACACUACUUGCCAUUUUAUAGGACCACACUUUAAGCCCCUUGUAUGGGGACAGUCCUCUUUCAUUUAUUGUAAUGAAUUUGUAAUUCUAUGAAUUUCUGACAUGCAAAGACUUCCAGAGUGAGUGUGUGUGUGUGUGUUUUCUCAGACAUAUUGUCGUGGACCUGUGUUGCUAAGGUAUCUGGGAUACAAUCAGCCAUUGUUGCUUCUGUCAACAAUCAGCUUUGGUGACCUGCUUGUGGUCAGUGUAGCUCUAAGAAAAAGUGGCCCUUAACGUCUUCCCAUUCUGUUAGAAUUCUAGGUGGGCUAUGGAUCUGUGCCCUUCCUUUUUAUUUUGUUACUCAUUUGGAGAAGCAGUCUAAGACUGUUGUAUGUUUAUGUAUAAAAUGUACACUCAUCUCAUAAAAACACUGUUCAACCUGCUAUUUAAAUUAUAGUUGUCUGCCUUGAGUUUGAGUCUUCAGUUUGCUGAUUCGCUAAGAUGCAAAUGCCUUGGCUGCCAUCAGGCACUCCGAGCACAACACAAAAGGACUCAGACUGGCUCUGCAGACCUCUCCCUGGGGGACACUGCAUGAGGUAAAGGACAGCAGCCCAGGGAACUGGCUUGAGUGUAGGUCAGGACCCAAGGGAGACAGAUAUCGUGGAUGGCUAAUAACUGGAAUGUUAAUAGAAAAAAUCAGAUUGUUUGAUAUAUUCACUGGCAUACAGUGAAAAUUGUGAGCUUUAAAAAAUGAACAGUCGGGGCUUGGGAUUUAGCUCAGUGGCAUCAUACCUGCCUCCCAAGUGCAGGGUCUUAAGCUUGAUCUCCAGUAUAAAAACAAAAACAAAAAACCAGUAAAUGGCUUUCCUAGCAUUUUCUGAAUGCCUCCCCGUCUGGCUAUGAAUAAGGCUGUAUAUUGCCAGCCUCCCGUGUCUUUACGAACCAUGGCUGAAGGCCCGAUUCUGAAAUGCACCCUGCUGAGGCCCUCUCUGAGUUCAGCAACAGGGGUACCCUGACCAAAGAGCAAGAAAUUCACCCUGGGGUGAGGACAUGAGACCAUCACUCCCUAAGCCAAAGCCAGCCACUGCCUCCUCAGACUCUGGUGCUCUGGUCUCCAGAGGAAAACUACACUGCCCCCAGCCGGCCACAUGGAAAGCUGAUAGCCGUGCAAGGCCCAAAGCAAUGAGGAGGCCGAGAGCAGACGUGUUUUGAGGGGGUAGCUCCCACAGCAUUGGUCCUUGCCUUUCAAGGGGUAGGGACAAGGUUCUCCAGAAAAUAGUCGGCAUGAGGCCAAGUGCCCCCCACUGCUCAGUCACUACACAGAAUUGGCACUGUGCCUCCUGCACUUGCAGCAUGGUGGAAACCCUUUAUUCAUUAAGCACCAGGACUACACUGACUGAUGAGCUCACACUGAAUAUGUUGAGAAGAGGCUAUUGGCUCUUCUCAAGGAAUCACUAAAAUUCAGGCCUGGAAAUAGGCUGCACAGGUGGGUACUUUGCAGUAACCCCGUGAAGGUUUCAGACUUCGGACUAUUUUACGUGACUCAUUUUAACAAGAUGUUCUGUGCCCAUUUCAAAGAUGGCAAAACAGGCCUUAGGGAGCUUAGAAACCUUCACCAAGGCCACAGAGAUCCGAAGAACAAGUUGAAUCAGGAUUCAAACCCAGCUGUGUGAUUUGUGGGCUCACAGUGAAUCCACCAUGCUCUACUGACUGGGGGACUGGACGGAUCCAACAGAAUUCACCCAGUUCUUGCUGUCAUGAUAAAGGGAAACAAAUGUGGUAUUUCUGUCUUCAAUGAGAGGUUCCCUGAGCCUCCAGGUGCGUGUGGUGGUACUGGACCUGUUCCUAUAGCGAGGCUGGGGCCACCCUUCCAGGCUUGCUUUCCCCAGCUGGGAAGUAAAAAGGUGUCACAAGCUCACCUUGCCUUUUGAAGGCCAAGGCUGGGCCACACAGUGCGGCAGCUGAUCACUCAACCUGGGCACGGCCUACCAUGCUGAUGGUAUCUAGAGUGAGGCGUGGACGUGUGCCACGACCACUCCAGUGGAGUCUGUGUGACAAUGCCGGUCACCUGGCAGAAACCAGACCAG